AUGGCCGAUCCUGGAUUCCCAAGUCAACAUACUACAACCACUACUGUCACUAAUACUGAAAUUAUUUCAAACCUGAGAUAUGACAAUACAUACUUAUACACAUUAGAAGGGAAAUUGAAAAUUGCCCAAAUUCUCCUUUCUUCAUCUGAUUUAUUUUUAAAGCUCAAUAUGUCAAAAAGACCACCGGGUUCUUAUUUCCGAAACAAAAAGAAGCAAAAAGAAGCAGAAGCUAAAGAACUAGCAACACAAUGGGAGAAAUCUAAAAGUAAAUGGUUCAACGUUAAAAACGAACAAAAAAUCAAUACAUUAAAAGAUGGGGCUUCUGAAAUUCAAAAGAUUAAUGAAAGUAUUCAAAUUGAAAUUGAUAGUGGUUGUAGUCAAAUUGAACAAACAUCAAAUAUCAAUGAAUUAAGUUUUCAAGAAAUACCUCUAGAGAUGGAUGAAAAUAUUUUAGUUGAUAAUGAUUUAUCACAUGGUAUAACAGAGAAAACGGAGAAACAAUCACUUGUUGAUGAAGAAAUAAAUGUGUUACAACCUCCAGAAAUAAUAUUUAAUAAUCCUCAAUCGUGGCCAACUAUAACUGAUAAGUUAAGGUGCAUAUUAGUUCAAAAUGGCCCAAAUCGUGGUAAAUUAGAUUAUAAGCCUUUUAAAAACCAUUGGUUUUACAAAAAAUUACCUAAUGGAGAAAGUGUUGAAAGAUCAUGGAUGAUGUAUUCACAACCAAAUGACGCAAUUUUUUGCUUUUGUUGUAUGUUAUUUGGUAAACAAUUUACUGCUUUAAGUGAUCCCAAACGAGGUUUUUCGUGUUGGAAGAAAAUGGAGCGCUUAAAAGAACAUGAAGAUUCUCAAGACCAUGUAAAACAUUAUUUAGAAUGGAAAAUGCUUGAAAACAAACUACUGAAAGGAGGGGGUAUUGAUGACUCCCUACAGAAAGAAAUACAAUCAGAACAAGAAAAAUGGCGACAUCCUUAA